GUCCUCAAAAUCUUUUGAUGAUGACAAACAACACUACAAAUAUUAAAAACACCUUUUUUAGUUACUUUGUUCUGUUUCUUUGGGGAUUUGCAGUUAUGGAUGUUGGUUUAGGACAAAACACAACACUUGAUGAAAUAAAAAUAGGAGUAGUUCUUGAUCUCAAAACAAACUUUUCCAAGAUCUGCCUCACUUCUAUUAACAUGUCAUUGUCCGAUUUCUACCAAACUCAUCCUCAUUACCGCACAAGACUUGCGCUUCACGUCAGAGAUUCCAUGAAAGAUAUUGUCGAGGCAUCAGAUGCAGCCUAUGACCUAAUCAAGAAGGAGCAAGUGCGGGCCAUCAUCGGACCAAGAAGCUCUAUGCAAGCCGAGUUUAUGAUUAAACUGGCCAACAAAUUUCAAGUACCGACCAUCAGUUUCUCUGCAACGAGCCCUCUUCUUAAAUCUAUCGACAAUCCUUAUUUCGUCCGAGCCACUAUCGACGACUCAUUCCAGGCCAAAGCCAUUGCGGCCAUUGUCAAAUCAUUUGGGUGGAGAAGCGUCGUCGCCGUUUAUGUGGACAACGAGUUAGGUGAAGGUAUCAUGCACUCCUUGUCAGACGCUUUAGAAGACGUGAGAGUCCAAAGAAGUGUGAUCUCUCCAGAGGCUAGAGAUGAUCAGAUUCUAACCGAACUUUAUAAACUCAUGACGAAGCAGACAAGAGUAUUCGUUAUGCAUAUGGCCUCAGAUCUAGGAUUCCGGGUUUUGAAGAAAGCUAGAGAAAUAGGGAUGAUGGAGGAAGGGUAUGUCUGGUUACUAUCAAAUGGAAUGACCCGUAUGAUGAGACAUAACGGUCGUAGCUUAGAAACUAUGCAGGGCUUAUUAGGUGUGAGGAGCCUUGUCCCUCAAUCUAAAGAGCUUGAAGAUUUCCGUAAAAGAUGGAAAAGAAAAUUCGAGCCUAAUGUUUUCGCAUUAUGGGCGUAUGAUUCGGUCACUGCAUUGGCCAUGGCCGUGGAGAAAACCAACACAAAGGCAUACAUGAGGAGGACCUACGGUCAACAUCUUCUAGAGUCUCUCUCGAGUGUAGAAUUCAAGGGUUUAGCAGGAGAGUUCAAACUCAUUAACAGGCAGCUCGAGUCAUCAACUUUUGAGAUCAUCAAUGUUAUUGGAGAUGAAGAGAGGAUUAUAGGAAUAUGGACACCUACUAGUGGACUGGUGAAUGCAAAAUCAAACGAAACGACAUCAUUUUUAGGCAAGAGGUUUGGGCCAGUAAUAUGGCCUGGGAACUCGACCGCUGUUCCAAAAGGUUGGGAGUUUCCAACAUGCGGGAAGAAGAUUAAAGUGGGCGUUCCAGUAAACAAAGGAUUCCUCAAUUUUGUGGAGAUAAAGACAGAUCCAAUCAGUAAUGUAACAACCGCAACGGGCUACGCCAUAGACAUCUUUGAAGCUGCUCUUAAGAAGUUACCAUAUCCAGUAAUUCCUCAAUACUACGGUUGCAAGUCUAGCUACAAUGAUUUGGUCUACCAAGUCUAUGAAGGGAAGUGGGAUGUAGUUGUUGGAGAUAUAACCAUCAUAGCAAACAGGUCUUCCUAUGUUGAUUUCACGUUACCGUACACAGAGUCUGGAGUGUCUAUGAUUGUGCCGCUGAGGGACAACAAGAACAAGAACGCAUGGGUGUUCCUAAAACCUUGGAGCUUAGACCUAUGGAUCACCACUGUUUGCUUUUUCAUCCUCAUUGGGUUUGUUGUGUGGCUGUUCGAACACAGAGUCAACACAGACUUCCGUGGACCUCCUCACCACCAGAUCGGCACUAGUGUCUGCUUCUCCUUCUCCACCAUGGUUUUUGCCCACCGUGAGAAGGUAGUGAGCAAUUUAGCAAGGUUUGUGGUGGUGGUCUGGUGCUUUGUGGUGCUUGUGCUCACUCAGAGUUACACAGCGAAUCUCACCUCUUUUCUGACUGUACAAAGUUUGCAACCAACAACCACAAAUGUGAAAGAUCUCAUCAGUAAUGGGGAGUCUGUAGGGUAUCAUGCAGGUACAUUCGUCCGCGAUUUUCUGAGAGACCUGAACUUUCCUGAAUCACAGCUCAAGUCUUUUGGUUCUGCCGAAGAAUGCGACGAUCUUCUGUCCAAAGGGACAUCGAAAGGUGGUAUUGCAGCAGCUUUUGACGAAGUGCCCUAUCUUAAGGAUGUCGUUUCUCAGUACUGCCCCAAAUAUGCAAUGGUUGAACCUUUAUUCAAGACUGCUGGUUUUAAACCUUCCUUUAAGACUGCUGGUUUUGGCUUUGCAUUCCCCAAGAAUUCGCCUAUGAUAGGAGAUGUCUCAAGGGCUAUCUUGAAAGUGACUCAAAGCAAAGAAAUGUCACUCAUAGAGAACAAGUGGUUCAACCGUCUUGGCCUCGCUAGUGAUUGUCCUGGUCAAGAUACCGCUGAUCUUUCAUCUAACCGCCUCAGUGUCAGUAGCUUCUGGGGACUGUUUCUAAUAGCAGGCGUUGCUUCCUUCUUGGCACUUCUCGUCUUUGUAGCCCUCUUCUUGUACGAACAUAGGCACACACUAUGUAGUAACUCCGAAGGUUCCAUAUGGAGAAAGCUAAAGUCUUUGUUCAGAAUCUUUGAUGAGAAAGAUAUAAAGUCGCACACUUUCAAGAGCAGUGCAGUUCAUAAUGUGAGUUCACCUAUUACUCCGUGCACCCCGAGUCCGUCCAAUGUGCAGAUCAGACCGUUGCCACGAUGCAUGUCAUUAAACAGGGAGUUUGAGCUAAGAAGAGCAUGUUUCUCCAUGAGUGAAGAACGUUUCAGGACGCAACCAAAACAAGAUAAACAGGGAGGAUCUGAUAUUGAAUUUGGAGCUGAACGACAGAGAGAAGUUAAACAAACUCCAUAGCAAGUUAUCAGCUUAAGUUGUUAUUAACUCAACGUAUAUAAGCUGUAUUUAUUGUACUAGAUAUCAAUAUUACUCAACGGUGUACACUUGACGCAUUCAGUAGCAAUUGACUAGUUUGGAUACCAGAAUGAUUUAUGUUAAUUGUUUAGUUAUGCAACUUUACGUACUUCUUAUUUUGUAUAAUCAUUUUUAUGCUUUCUGUUAUAUUUAUGUUUUGGAGAA